GUGCCUGCAACUUCAACUCUGGUUAUCUGGGGUUUAUGAGAACGGCUGGCAUUCAUGUGUCUAAUUUUUAAAUGAUAAAUGAAUUAAUUAUUAUUUGAUACUUGCCGUGUUGGUAGGCCAAAAGGUGGGCUUCUGAACUUAGAGGGUGACAAGGAUGGAGACCCCUGGUAUGGGGCUGAGAUGAAGCAAGAGGCCAGGCCCGGAACAGAACUCAGCUCAGCAGUCAGUCACAAGGCUGCAGAGCGACAGGCGUUUGGGGAAAGGUAGGAACCGCUCUCCGCCACCUGCCGGUCAGCAGCCCUACCCACAAUCAGGCCGCGGCUGCCUCGGCCUGGUCCCAAAAAAUGUGAGCGCCGCCCCCUCCUCCUGCCCAGUCCUCCGUCGCGCCCGCGGGGUCGGGGGCUGCGCUGCCGGCGCCGCGAGCCGGGCGAGCUUCCCAGCACGGGAGGAGGGAGGGGGCGGUGCCGGAGGGGGGCGGAGCUUCGGCGCCUCCCGGAGCCUUAUUCCCGGCCGCGAGCCGGGCAGCGCUCAUUCGGCUGAAGGAGCUACGCGGGCCGCGCUGUUGGCUGGCCUGACCUAGGCGCGCGGGGUCGGGCGGCGGCGCGGGCGGGCUGAGUGAGCAAGACAGACACAACAAGAGCGAGCUGCGCCCGGGUCCCGGCCAGGCUUGCACGCAGAGGCGGGCGGCAGACGGCGCCCGGCGGAAUCUCCUGAGCUCCGCCGCCCAGCUCCGGUACCAGCGCCCAGUGGCCGCCGCUUCGAAAGUGAUUGGUGCCUCGCCGCCUCUUCUCGGUGCGGGACCAUGAAGCUGCUGCCGUCGGUGGUGCUGAAGCUCUUUCUGGCUGCAGUUCUCUCGGCACUGGUGACUGGCGAGAGCCUGGAGCGGCUUCGGAGAGGGCUGGCGGCUGGAACCAGCAACCUGGACCCUCCCACUGGAUCCACGGACCAGCUGCUACCCCUAGGAGGCGGCCGGGACCGGAAAGUCCGUGACUUGCAAGAGGCAGAUCUGGACCUUUUGAGAGUCACUUUAUCCUCCAAGCCACAGGCACUGGCCACACCAAGCAAGGAGGAGCAUGGGAAAAGAAAGAAGAAAGGCAAGGGGCUAGGGAAGAAGAGGGACCCAUGUCUUCGGAAAUACAAGGACUUCUGCAUCCAUGGAGAAUGCAAAUAUGUGAAGGAGCUCCGGGCUCCCUCCUGCAUCUGCCACCCGGGUUACCAUGGAGAGAGGUGUCAUGGGCUGAGCCUCCCAGUGGAAAAUCGCUUAUAUACCUAUGACCACACAACCAUCCUGGCCGUGGUGGCCGUGGUGCUGUCAUCUGUCUGUCUGCUGGUCAUCGUGGGGCUUCUCAUGUUUAGGUACCAUAGGAGAGGAGGUUAUGAUGUGGAAAAUGAAGAGAAAGUGAAGUUGGGCAUGACUAAUUCCCACUGAGAGAGACUUGUGCUCAAGGAAUCGGCUGGGGACUGCUACCUCUGAGAAGACACAAGGUGAUUUCAGACUGCAGAGGGGAAAGACUUCACAUCUAGCCACAAAGACUCCUUCGUCCCCAGUCGCCGUCUAGGAUUGGGCCUCCCAUAAUUGCUUUGCCAAAAUACCAGAGCCUUCAAGUGCCAAACAGAGUAUGUCCGAUGGUAUCUGGGUAAGAAGAAAGCAAAAGCAAGGGACCUUCAUGCCCUUCUGAUUCCCCUCCACCAAACCCCACUUCCCCUCAUAAGUUUGUUUAAACACUUAUCUUCUGGAUUAGAGUGCCGGUUAAAUUCCAUAUGCUCCAGGAUCUUUGACUGAAAAAAAAAAAAAAAAGGAAGAAGAAGAAGAAGAAGAAAGAGCAAGAAGGAAAGAUUUGUGAACUGGAAGAAAGCAACAAAGAUUGAGAAGCCAUGUACUCAAGUACCACCAAGGGAUCUGCCACUGGGACCCUCCAGCGCUGGAUUUGAUGAGUUAACUGUGAAAUACCACAAGCCUGAGAACUGAAUUUUGGGACUUCUACCCAGAUGGAAAAAUAACAACUAUUUUUAUUGUUGUUGUUUGUAAAUGCCUCUUAAAUUAUAUAUUUAUUUUAUUCUAUGUAUGUUAAUUUAUUUAGUUUUUAACAAUCUAACAAUAAUAUUUCAAGUGCCUAGACUGUUACUUUGGCAAUUUCCUGGCCCUCCACUCCUCAUCCCCACAAUCUGGCUCAGUGCCACCCACCCUUGCCACAAAGCUGGGAUGGUUCUGUGACCCAUCUGUAGUAAUUUAUUGUCUGUCUACAUUUCUGCAGAUCUUCCGUGGUCAGAGUGCCACUGCGGGAGCUCUGUAUGGUCAGGAUGUAGGGGUUAACUUGGUCAGAGCCACUCUAUGAGUUGGACUGCAGUCUUGCCUAGGCGAUUUUGUCUACCAUUUGUGUUUUGAAAGCCCAAGGUGCUGAUGUCAAAGUGUAACAGAUAUCAGUGUCUCCCUGUGUCCUCUCCCUGCCAAGUCUCAGAAGAGGUUGGGCUUCCGUGCCUGUAGCUUUCCUGGUCCGUCACCCCCAUGGCCCCAGGCCCACAGCGUGGGAACUCACUUUCCCUUGUGUCAAGACAUUUCUCUAACUCCUGCCAUUCUUCUGGUGCUACUCCAUGCAGGGGUCAGUGCAGCAGAGGACAGUCUGGAGAAGGUAUUAGCAAAGCAAAAGGCUGAGAAGGAACAGGGAACAUUGGAGCUGACUGUUCUUGGUAACUGAUUACCUGCCAAUUGCUACUGAGAAGGUUGGAGGUGGGGAAGGCUUUGUAUAAUCCCACCCACCUCACCAAAACGAUGAAGGUAUGCUGUCAUGGUCCUUUCUGGAAGUUUCUGGUGCCAUUUCUGAACUGUUACAACUUGUAUUUCCAAACCUGGUUCAUAUUUAUACUUUGCAAUCCAAAUAAAGAUAACCCUUAUUCCAUA